ACACUCUACUCAGUCACAAAAAAAUGACAGUUGAAAGUCAAACAAACGUCGGUUCGCCGGUUCGUUUCAGUUCCCUUCCCCCUAUUCUCUAAACUCCCAAUCCGUUUCUAUUUCAUUCCAAUUAUCAUUUUUAGUUUCUUGGGUUUUCCUGUGGUGUAAAAAAGCAAAAUGAGUGAUCUAUUUGAAACAAGUGCUGAAGAAAAUUCUUCCCAGAUAUCUGUAGUUGAUGCUAAUUGCGACUCCAACGCACAAUUCCCUUCGCCGGACCAUGUUCUAAGAGAGACACCGGCAUAUAUUUUUAGCAAUUUGAUGUCUUCCCAAUCUGAUGUAUCUGAGACAUCUCAUGAAGAAAACACGAAAGCUGAUGCUGCCGUACAGACGGACAUUACUUUUCCUGAGUAUCUCCCAGAAGUAAUGCAAAACAUUUUAAAUAUUUAUGCUGAUAAUCCGGAGCCAUACGAUUUGAGUUUGGAAAAUGAGGAGGAAGAAAUGAAUGAUGAACCCAAUGCAUUCGAAUUUCUGCAGCAGCAACAAUUUGACUUUGAUUUACCAUCACCACCAUUUUCCGAUUUUGAUUGUCAACUGGUAGAGCCCCAGGAUUACAUGGGUGAGAAUCCAAACAUAGUUGCCGAUGUGGACAUAACUGAUUCAGACCAUGAAAUUUAAAGUAGAUAUCAAUCAGUAUUGAUUGCAUUGACACAUAUUGUUGUCUCCUUUUUGUGUAAAAUAACAAAAGGGAUGACAAUAUGUGUCAAUAAAAAUGUCACAACAAUGAAACCCACUCCGAGAUGAUUAUUUUGAUAUUUUUUUAUUGAAUUAUUAUGACAGACUUUACAGGGGUAAAAGUACAAUUUAUCCUUUUCUUAUAUACCCUGUUUUAUUAAACAUUACAAAGUCUUUGAUACACAAUAAUUGUUACAUAAUACAUGUUUUUAGAUAUAGGGACGAUCUCCAUUUGUGAUAUUAAUGCAUAAAACUCUAAUUUAGGUUAAUAUUGGCAUUAAUAAUAUCUUACCAUGUGUUUCUGACAUCAAAAUCUCUGUAUAACGCAUCUUGUCAAAACAGAGAUAAUAAUAUGUUUUAAAUGGAGAUUUUGAACUUGGAAACCCAUGGUAAGUGUUAAAAUAUAAUAUAGCAGUACUUAAAUAAUGUAAGAGAAAAUGACUGAUUAACUUUUAUGUUUCUGAACUAUAAUACAAAAUAAUAAUAGAGUAAUGUUGUGAUUCUUUUCGCCUUUCAGUGAAUUUCAAUUUGUUUAUUUACUAAUGAAUUGUUUUGAAAGUUCUACUUCUCCCAGCAAAUUUUACUUUUACACAAUUUAUGAAAAUAUUCAUUUACAUGAUAGGAAAUAGGAUAUGAUGCAAAAUGGAAGAAUACAACUUUUCUUUUUUUUUAUGUUACAACAUUUCAACUCCUUGUUUUUUUUUUUAUAACCAAACAUAUUGUUAUUGAUUGACAUGUGUUCGUUUUGUACCUCAUCUUAUUAUUGAUGAACAUACUAGAAUUUGCUAUUUGCAUUUAAUUUUUUGUUAACUAAAUGUGAUUUAUAAAAUAUUUAUUGUGAACUUGUGGAUCGGUGUGUUGAUUAUUUAUAGAACAAUUGAUAAUUAUAUUAGAAAUUUGUGAUAAACUUUUGGGAU